UUUCUCGCCAUUUUGUGUGCGGUGCAUGACGUCCUCUAGGAGCGGAGCACCUUUCUGGCGUGUUUGAUAAGUAACAAUUUGCUCUAGUAGCUCCUAAUGGUCUAGAAUUGUAUGAUCCAUCAUGCCGACGUAUUUUCAACGGCCUGAAAAUGCUCUUAAGCGAGCGAGAGAAUUCAUCGAUGUCGGAAAGAAACAUCGUGCGUUGGACGCUCUUUAUGAUGUUAUCAAGAGCCGAAAACAUCGAACAUGGCAAAAAGUUCACGAGCCGAUUAUGCAGCAGUACUUGGAGCUAUGUGUGGAACUCAAGAAAAGUCACAUCGCUAAAGAAGGUCUCUUUCAGUACAGAAACAUAUGCCAACAGGUCAAUAUAAAAUCAUUAGAAGAUGUAGUACGUGGCUACUUGGACUUGGCUGAAGAGAAAACUGAGGCUGCUCGCGAAGAAUCCCAGCAAGCAGUAGUUGACAUCGACGACCUUGACAACGUGCAGACUCCAGAAAGUUUGUUAUUGAGUGCGGUCAGCAGUGAAGACACCCAAGAUCGCACUGAUCGCGUUGUCCUCACUCCAUGGGUGAAGUUUCUGUGGGAGUCCUAUCGUCAGUGCUUGGAGCUUCUUCGUAAUAACUCGCGUGUGGAAUCUCUCUAUCAUGACAUUGCACGACAGGCUUUCAAGUUCUGCCUCAAGUACAGCCGCAAGACUGAAUUCCGCAAACUUUGCGAUCAUCUUCGGGCUCAUCUGGGCCAGAUCCACCGACAUCAAAGCCAGCAGACUUCAGUGAACCUCAAUAACCCUGAAAGUCAGGCCAUGCAUUUGGAGACACGUCUUGUCCAAUUGGAUAGUGCCAUUCAAAUGGAGCUCUGGCAGGUGACCAACCAGCAAAAGGUCCACAGUGAGGCCAACAUCUUCAUGAGUGGAUGGGAGAGGGUGUGGGAGUGGGGCACAAGGAGAGGCCAGCUGCAGCCACUUGACGCCGGUGUCAUCAAGUGCAUGAGGCAGAAAUAUGGGAAGUUUCUGGUGCAGCGUCGGCUGGCGGGCAUGGAACGCAAGCAGUUGGAUAAGAAGCUUCCUGUGCUUGAUGCAAAUGACAUCGGCUUUAAAAGAAGUGGUGCUUGUUCUACCAGUGAAGCUGCAGUGCCUGUUGACGACGAACCAGAGUUCGGUGACCUGGAGCUGCCUGGAUCCUUCGCGGACUAUGUUGGUGCCGAUGACGAUGUUGCAGUGUGCAGUGCAGUGUUGCUGGAUGACAUUAUCCAAAACUGUGCGUCCUGA